UUUAAAUCAAUAUUGGCACGGUGGAGAACCCACGUGACUUAUUUGGUAAAGUGCACGGCGACAAAUGUCAACAAGUCUCGAUUCAGAAUAUGAAGACUCCGACUUUAUGCAAAGAAUGCGGAAUGGCAUUUCAAAAAACACAAAAAAACACCUAGUAGACCACGAUAGAAGGCAUUCUGGUCAAUUGCCAUCGUUUUUGUGGGAAAGUGUUUACACAGACACAGGUGCAGCUAUCACGGCGAGACAAAGUUGCACUUUUGCAAAUAUUGUGGCAAAACUGCUCUUGCAUGACUUGAAAAUACACGAAAGACGCAAAAGCGGCCAAUUGAAGCUAACCUGUGAUGUGUGUGGGUUCAAAUUGGGUGACACGACCAAUCUCAGUGACCAGAUUUCUACUAGACACAGGCGAAUGACACGUCACAAAUGUCUACAGUGUCGCUCAGCAUUCAAGUUCAAAUCUGGACUCAGCAGGCACGUUAAGGCGAAACACACCUAAUCAGGACACAUUGAAAGAUCACAAUGGUCUAGUUAGAAGUGCAUUCCAGUAUGUUGCCGGGUUAAAAUAAAGUUUUGAUGAGUUUAACAUUUUAUUAAGAUAAAUAGCAAAACGUACAGUUACCAAA